CGUAUGUGUAUUGUUUUCAUUUAAUACAGAAACUUGAACUUUUGUUGAAGCUAAGUUUAUGGAAAGAAAGUUGUAAAUAUAUUCUUCGUUUAAUUAUUCGUUUUAAAAAUUGCUUACCAAUGGUCAGAGUUGCUGUUAUCGGAGGUGGAAGCUUGGGAGUGAAAAUAGUCGGAGAAUUAGCCUACCACGGACAUGAAGUUCGGGUGUACGACCGCAGCCCUGAAGCUUUGGAUCAUGUUCGCCUACGAAUUCAGGAAGAUACGCGUCUUCUCACGGAAGAUGGGGUCUUGACAUCUCCUAAAUUUUUAGGUGAUGUUUAUUACAUGAGUAGAUUGGAAGAAGCCGUAAAGUCAGCAGACUUUAUUUUUGAAGCAGUGCCGGAAGACUUAGCUUUAAAACAAGAUAUAUUUGAAUGGACAUCACAAUGUGCUAAAACUGAUGCUGUAAUUGCUACUAAUUCUAUGAGUCUGAAUAUUGAUGAAGUGAGUGAGCGAGCAUCGUAUAAAGAGCGCUGUUUAGUUGUGAGGUAUCUGUUCCCAGUGUAUUGCAUUCCAGAAGUUGAAAUAGUUUUAGGAAAAGAAACUUCUGUUUUCACUUUAGAGAAAGUGAGGGGCUUCUUAAGUCGAAUGGGAAAAAUUGCCUUCCUGAGAAGUGGACCUGAACCUUUUGUGCUCAGCCCUCAGCAACGAGAAGCUAAGAAAAAUGAUUUCCUGAGAACUAUUAAAGAAAAUAAGGGUUGUCCGGCCAAACUGUGUAGAAGAGUUCCCAAUCUCACAGAUAAACCAAUCCUUAAUAAAGCUGUGGAAGUGGACAUAGAAGAGUAUUCAAGCCGUGAAAAAGAUUGUGUUGUUUGCAUGGAUGAAGAGAGAAACUGUGUUUUGCAUCCUUGCCACCACAUGUGCACGUGCACAACCUGUGGUCGCCUGCUUCUGAAGCGCCAAGAUGCUUGCCCUAUUUGUCGGAAACACAUCUCCUCCAUAUUCCGCGUCUAUCAUUCAUAAGUUUCAAGUGAGUAAAGUUGAAGUAGUUA